AUGGCUGCCCCACAUGAUCGACACCGGACAUCAUUGGAAGGGGUCAUCGUUCCAGAAUUGCAACCUUUCCCGCGAGAAGACCAUGAACAAAGCCCGGAGGCUGAGGCGGUCUCCGAAACGGAUAGCUUUCUCGAGCUGUUUUUCUCAUUCAUCGUAAGCCAUUUAGAUGGGGAUUCGAACGAUGCCGCAUCCGACUUGGCUUCAAUCCUAUCCUACUUGGACGGGUUUGCCUCAUGGACCCGCGACGAUCAGAAUACCCUCGGCGAAAGCCUGGUCCGCUUCACCGAGUAUCUGGUGGAUAAUUUCUUCUUGCCGUUGAAAGCCUUGGCUGCAAAGACUCCCCAGCCGACGCCGGCAUCCCUUUCUCGGGCCCCACUGUCGAACAGCGGGAUUGGCACUCCGCAACGCCUCUCCACUUUGCGGCGGGACUGUCUCGUGCGUGACCGCCACCGAUGUGUGGUCACCCGGAAAUUCGAUAUCCAGGAAGCGGAUCGUCGGCUAUCCCGAGAUGGAACCGACUUCAAAGAUGACGAUGGCGCGUCUCUGUUGCCCGAGAGCGAUGAGAUGACCUUUCUAGAAGUAGCCCAUAUCAUCCCGCAUUCCCUGAUGUCACUCACCAGCAUUGACGGGGAACCCCAGCUGGCCGAGCCCAAGCUGAUAGCCCAUAAGAUCCUCACCAUGUUCAAUCCCGAGGCCAUUCCCCUCAUCAGUGGGAGUGACAUUGACCGACCCAAGAACGCACUCACCUUGACACAGACGCUGCACAUGUUAUUUGGUAAAUUUGAAAUUGGCUUCGAGCAUAUCGGCCCACACACGUACAAGAUCGACUACAUCAAACCAGACCGGUUGCUCCGGAUUGCCAAGCUGCCGGUCAUUCGCACGCUGUAUCUCACGCCCAACCGGACGAUCGAACCGCCCUCCGUGGAGCUGCUGCAGAUCCAUCAUGCCAUCGCCCGGAUUCUUCAUCUGAGCGGUGCGGGGGAGUACAUCGACCGAUUCCUUCGGGACAUGGAAGAAAUGGAAGCCGGACCGGUGGACGCGAACGGAUCCAGCCGGAUUGAUGAUUAUGUGCGGUUUAAACUCUGGGAUCAGUUUGAGAUGUCCGUGUGUUAGCGUCUAUACCCUACUAUCGAAGAUACCUGAUUGGUAAUAUAAGAAUAGCAUUCUUAGAGUUGUCACUUGAUCGCUG